GUCUGAACUUUCACGAUGGGCCCCGAUGCCGAUGCGAUAAGCUGACAUGCAAGAACCACAUCAUACGCCGACACGUGUUCAUCUGCAUAUUUAUUGCACGGGGUUGAUGGAUCGCGAACAGAUGUGUAUAAGGAGACACGAGCCAUGGCGGAGCAGUGUGAGGUAGACGAGCCGUUCAUCUAUAGACUUAACGACAAUGGCUCUGGACCUAGUCUGCUUGUGAAGGUGUGCAGCGAGCGGGGCUGGCGCAUGUACCAGGGAUAUAACGCAUGCGUCGAGGAGCGUUGGAAUCUGUGGUGGCGGACCAGCGCCUUCCCAGCUGCAAGUUACAAGACCCUGGGCGAUUGGCAGUUCAUGAACCACAUACCCAAGGGCGGGUCCAUCUGCCGGAAAGACAGUUUGUCUAGACUCCUGCGCUGCAUGAGAAGGAUCUACGGCUCUAUAUACGACUUCAGUCCACCCUGCUUCCAUCUCCCCCUGGAGUACGCCAAGCUCGUCUCCGAGUGCUCACGGCUCCGACACGAACAAGAUGGAGGCAGCGCCGUGUGGAUACACAAACCGGUCGCGCAGAGCCAGGGUCGGGGGAUCUUUCUGUUCCGGAGCAUCUGCGAGAUGCGAUGCGGCAGCGCAGCGGUCGUGCAGCGUUACAUCGAGCGGCCGCUCCUCAUAGCGGGAUACAAGUUCGACCUGCGGCUCUACGUGUGCGUGCCCGGCUACAGACCGCUCACGGCGUAUAUGUACGCCGAGGGACUGGCUAGAUUCGGAACGGACAAAUACACUUUGUCAGACAUCCACAACCCAUACAGGCACUUGACGAAUUCCUCCCUCAACAAAACCGGCCCUCGGUAUGCUGAAUGCAAGGAUAGAAUUGGCAGCGGCUGCAAGUGGACAUUAAAGCAAGUACGACGGGCACUAGUCGGCCGCUGGGAGGCCACAGAGUGGCUCGUGUGGCAGCGGAUCCGGGCCCUGGUCACACUGACGCUCUUAGCCCAGGCCACUGGAACACCCCCCGCGAGGAAUUGUUUCGAGUUUUAUGGCUUUGAUGUUUUACUGGAUGACGCCUUGAAGCCAUGGCUAUUGGAGGUGAAUCUCUCGCCAGCUUUAGCUGCAGAUUGCGAAGCCGAUGUGACUGUGAAAAGGCCGAUGUUGCACGAGUUGUUCGACCUCCUCGGGCUCCCCAUGAGGCAUACCGGCCUCUCGUUACUACAGGGGCCACCUGCUGCACAUAUCAACAGUGCAUCAUCAGACAGCUGCGACAGUACGGUACGAACGGUGCGACCCCGUACGUCAAUGCCGUCGGCGGGGCGUCCACGGCCGCUGCGGCGUCGGCGCGCCAUGCCCAUCCACUGUGUGACUUUGGAAGCGCCAUCUAUUGACAAAGAAGCGGAAUCGAAUUACAAAGGGAACUCAAACAGCAGUAGUCCAGCCAACUCAUCAAUAUCCUCAGGGAGCCCUGAGGAAUUCGACUGCCAGUCAACCCCAAGUGCGGCCACACCGUCAACGGAAGACGAACCGUGGCGCGGCGGGCACUCGACGGCGGCGAGCCGGCGACGCAUGAUCAACGCCUACUCGUGGGGCAACGGAGUGCGCUGGGAGCGGGCGCCGGCGCGUGUGGGCCAGUGGGUCAGGAUAUACCCACACACGUUGCCUGACAAUGAGAUUCAGAUAGAAGAAGUUCGCGAAAGCGUGGCCAACGUGUCAAAAUUCGUUCGCGCAGCGCGCGAAGUAGCCCGCGAAAACGCUCGAGACGCGCGAGCGCCUCGCGACUCGACGCGAGACGCGGAUUUCGAGGCCACACUUCGCAAGAAGUUGGCCUAUGGUCCCAGCUUUGAAGUGUGGCUACCUCCUGUGUAGUUUGUGUUCAUUUGGGGAUUUAUUCGAGUGUUUCAACCGCAUUCACUCGGUGGCAAAUUUUUUACUUGAAUUUCGAAGGUCACAUGAAAUCUUGUCAAUCUUCCUACUAAAGUAAGAGUCGCGGAUUUCUACCAGAAACAAAAAAAAAACUAGUUACUCGUACGGGAUUUAGGCAAAGAGGAUCGAGU